AUGUGCCCUUCUUCCGGUCCCUCUGUCUCUGCUAUCUCCCUUUACUACAGCCUCUCAGCACAGCUGGACGUGCUUGUAACGAGCGACUGCCUCUACCGCACGCGCUUUACGUCCCGGAUGUCUUCCUUGUAUUUCCCCCCUUUCUGUCUGUCUGUUCCAUCCCACCUUCACUACAGCCUCUCAGCACAGCUGGAUGUGCUUGUAACGAACGACUGCCUCUACCGCACGCGCUUCACCUCCCGCUGGGCCACCUUCGUCACAUUAGAAGAACUACCCUUUGUCUUCAACGGCCGCCUGUCGCUGCGCAUGGCUCUGGAAGACAACGAGGACGCACCGUGGCUGUCAGUGGGGUCGUACGAGUGGAGCAUCAAGCUGUGUGCCCCCCCUGCUGGUACUGCUAAUGAUUCUGCUGCAGCUGUUGCAGGAGAGGAGUGGCUGGCACAGCAGAUGGUGUAUCGCAUGCCCACCCCCACCUGCUCCCACGCCACCACCAACGCCUCAGCUAUAGACCACUGCGUGGGCACCGCUGGUUACCGCCGGUUGCUCUUCAACCCCAGGCGCGUGGACGUGUUACAGCCGCACGCUGCUGUUAAGCCGGCGGAUGAAGGCGUGGAUAUCUCUGCAAGGAAAAUGAAUUAUAAUCGAUAUAAGCCGGACGCUCCGAUGGUCGACACGUCGGAGCAGGUGUACAUCUCGUCGCUCGCUCUGUUGAAGAUGCUUAAACACGGUCGAGCGGGAGUGCCCAUGGAGGUCAUGGGUCUGAUGCUGGGCGAGUUUGUGGACGACUAUACUGUCCGGGUGGUUGAUGUGUUCGCCAUGCCUCAGAGCGGCACGGGCGUGAGCGUCGAGGCGGUGGACCCAGUUUUUCAAACUAAGAUGCUCGACAUGCUCAAGCAGACGGGCAGGCCUGAAAUGGUGGUUGGCUGGUACCACUCGCAUCCAGGCUUUGGCUGCUGGCUCUCAGGCGUCGACAUCAACACACAGCAGAGCUUUGAGGCGCUGAACCAGCGGGCAGUGGCUGUCGUGGUGGAUCCUAUUCAGUCAGUCAAGGGCAAGGUGGUCAUCGACGCCUUCCGGCUCAUCAACCCACAGACCAUGAUGCUGGGGCAGGAACCGCGCCAAACCACCUCUAACCUCGGUCAUCUCCACAAGCCGUCCAUCCAGGCCCUUAUCCACGGCCUCAACCGGCACUACUACUCCAUCGGCAUCAACUACCGCAAGAACGAGCUGGAGGAGAAGAUGCUGCUGAACCUGCACAAGAAGAAGUGGGCGCACGGGCUGACGCUGCAGCCCUUCGAGAGCCACAACAAGAAGAACGAGCAGAUCGUGCAGGACAUGUUGGAGUUGGCCCAGAAAUACAACAAGGCAGUACAGGAGGAGGAUACAUUGUCGACUGAGAAGUUUGCGAUUGCGAGUGUGGGGAGGCAGGACGCAAAGAAGCACCUGGAGGAGCAUGUGUCGACACUCAUGUCGUCCAAUAUCGUGCAGACACUAGGCACGAUGCUGGACACUGUCGUGUUUUAG